AUGUAUGUAUCGAAACUCGAUAGCGUGAAGACUUAUAUGAACUUGAGAAGGGUGCCUCUGAGGCUACAGGACCGCGUCAUCCGAUGGUUCGAUUACCUUUGGCUCAGCAAGAAAUCUUCUGAUGAAGACAAAACAUUAGGACUCCUGCCGAACAAAUUGAAAGCCGAAAUAGCCCUACACGUCCACCUGGAUACGUUGAAAAGAGUGGAAAUAUUCCAAAACACCGAAGCUGGCUUCCUAUGUGACCUCGUCCUCAAACUUAAACCUGUAUUAUUCUCGCCGGGAGACUAUAUUUGCAGAAAAGGUAGUUACUUUGGCGAAAUUAGCAUACUUAACAUGGGCCACACGGGGAAUAGACGGACCGCUUCCGUCAGGUCAGUGGGUUAUUCGGACUUAUUCUGCCUGUCGAAGAACGACCUUUGGGAGGUCUUGAAGGACUACCCUACGGCCAGGGUUCGACUCGAGGCCAUCGCCGUCAAAAGAAUGGAAAAGUACAAAAAACGUACACCCAUCGAUGAUAAUUGGGUCAAAGGUCAGUUAGUUUUUCACUGGUUGGGGGCUUAGAUCGAUUAAG